GAGUGGUCGAAUCAUAUUAUUUGUUAAAUCAGCAUAAUGAUAUGAAUUGAUUUGACAAUCUUGGUUAUAUAUAACUAGUUUUUUGUCUGCAUUUCGCGGCGGUAAAAAUUAUGCUUAUAUUUUUUUAAUGAUACAUAACAAAUAAUUGUUCCUCCAAUAUAUUUAGGAUAAAUACAAUUUAUUAGAAUGGUGUUACGUAAAUUUUUCUUAUAAUGUAUAAUCUAAUAAUAACAUCAAGUUAAAAAAAAUAGUAUCACAUUUGAUUGAACUAUUAUGUAAAAAUUAACUUACCUUAUGGAACAUUUGCAUAAUGCAAACUGAUGGAUGGUGAAUAUUGUAGUUAAGAAUAAAGGAAUUUUAUUACUAAUAAAAUAAUUACCUUAUUAAUAAAGAAAUUUUCAAUAAAACUCAUAUUAUGGAAGACUGGAUAAUUUAUUUUUAAUUAAUAUAUAAGAAAUAACUAUUCUUUCAUAAAUUUUACAUAUUGUCUAAAUCAUUACGAAAGACUUAAUGUACCAUUAAUACAAAAAGAAAUAACUAUCUAUCAUAAAUUUGACGAUAGUUAUUUUUAAUUUACCUAAUUUUUAUAGAACGGUGUUACAUAAAUAUUUUCAUAUUUUAUGGUCUAAUAAUUCACGAAAAGUAUCAUAAUUUGUGGUCUAAUAAUAAACUUUAUUUUCGAAAAGGUUGGAAAUAUUAUUUAGAAUUCUUUUUACCUUAUGAAAGCUUUGCGUAAUGCAAGUUGAGGGUUGUUAAUAAUGCAAUUAAGUUCUUGAAAUUGAUGGUGCAAAAAUUCAAUCAGAUAUAUUUAGUAGUUACGUCAUGGAUAGAAUUUGGGAAGAGGUUACAUGAAUUCUCAUUUUUUUGUGAAUCCAGUCAUGUUAUAACUUAUAUUAAAAAACCAUAAUAAAUACACAAUGAACAGUGUUUUCGGAAGGGAUUGGGGUUAAGCGGUUUUUUCGUAAGGAACUAUGAAAAUAGUGAAUGGUAAACUUGCACUUUUAAUUAAACUAGUAUUUUGGCUCGCACUUUGCAGCGAUAUGAUACUAAUUAUAAUUAUAACUUCAUCGAAUAAUUAAGAGCUAACUUGCAAUAUUAUAAUAAUAAUAAUAAUAAUAAUAAUUGAAAGAGCUGGGUACACAAUGUUGGAGACUUGGAUCUAGUUCGUUUUACUCAAUUUGUUAUAAUCUUUUGUUGUUGUUGUUGUUGGUAGACUUGUUAUAAUCUGUAUAGGCGAGUUGUAAUUAAAAGGGUGUAGAUCAUGAAUCUUAUGUUUGCUUGGUGAUAUUAAUAAUCUCCUCCGCCAACUUUUGCCUGUCUCUGUUGAAAAUCAUAGCAAAGUAGUUCCUUUUUUUUCCUUUCCAUUUUCCUUGUCCACGAUCAGUUCUUCAAGAAUAACAAGGAACGCCUAAGCAAAACCAAAGGAAAAUCAAACAAACUUAAAGAGUGGACCGAUCGAUGACAGUUUGAAGAGGGCAUUCCGAAAUAUUAAUGGACAACUCAAAAGGUUUGGCUAAUAUAUGAAUCAUGCAAUAUGGUGCUUGGUGCAUAUCCAUCCAUCCUGGUCUCUGUCACUAGAUAUCUGUGGGCCUCGAUCGAUCGUCCGAUUUCCAUUUUUUGGCCGAUUAAAACUGCUCAUUAGUACGAUAUUGUCCGCUUUGGGCCAAGCCCGCACGGUUUUACUCUUGGGUGUCCUCCCCGAAAAGCCUCGUACUAAUUGGGCUAGAUGGACACUUAUCUAAACCAUACUUAUAUGGAGGUUCUCCUCCAUAAUCCUAUUAAAUCAAAAUUUCCUGCAUUCUGCGCAGAGAACGGAGGGUCAUUUAGGUAAACAUCAUUUUAACUCACACAUGGGCCUUACGUAGCAAUAAAGUAGGGACAGAAUGAGAGAAUGAAAAGGGCCUUAAUUUAUGUGGGCUUAUUGUUAUAAAAUUAAGCAAGACUACAAACGUUGUUAUUUACUUUAUUGUUUUCUACCGGAUGUGAAAUUUAAUGUGUACAAUAUUUUCAAUCAAUAACAUUAUUUUUAAAUUUUAUCAAAUUGGCCAAUUCUGAGAGAUGAUUGUCAAGUUGGACGGUCAAAAACCGAUCGUCAAGUUGGAUGGUCAAAACUGAUUGUUACGUUCGACGGUCAAAACCGUUAACUAAAACGAUCAACCCGCCAUGUCACUGCUCAGUUACCCAAUAUUGAUGACGUGGAUGCUACCUGGUAUAAAAAUAAUAAAAUAUUUAGAUUUAAAAAUAUUUAUGAAAAUAAAAAUAGUACACGAAUGUUUUAUAACUACAAAUAUCCUUUACAUUAAUGUUAAUUCACGUAAACAUGAAAGAUUAAAUUGGAAUGAAACGAAAAGAGUAAAAAACGGAAAAUGGAAUUUGGAAACUUAAAUUAAUGAAACUAAAAUAAAAUUAGAAGAAUUUUAAUUUUUAAUUACUUUGUUAUUUCAGUAAAUUUAUAUUAAUUUAUUAUUGAAUGUUUCAAGUAGCGAAACAAAGUGGCAAUGUUUCAAAUAUAUCAACAAAUCAGAUGACAGAGCAAUGAAGACUUUGGCAUCUAAACAAAGUGGCAAUGGAUAACACCAAAUGAGGAAAAUGAUAUUUCUAAACUGUUAGUAAACCGCAUCGAAUGAGGUAUGCUGGUUAGUUGUAAUUCACAUUCUGUGUUGCUUAUGUCAUGUCAUUUGGCUGAGGAGAACAAAGUGGUGACAAGGGAGAACGAACAAAUUGAAAAAGCUAUUGAAAAUAAUGAAACAUCAAUGCUAUUGGCAUGGAUGAAAAUUAAUGCUCAAAUAUAACUUUGUGGAUUUUUCUCAAUAUUUCUUUCGGAAUCGAAAGUUGAAAAGAUGGCAGAUGAGGAAGAACAAGGUUUGUAUUGGAAGAUUGUAUUAUUGUCAUCCAUCAGGUAAAGAAAGAUUGUAUUAUUAUAUUAUGAGUGGAGCGACUGCUUGAAAAAAGUUGCAUCUUGGGGUUCUGCAUCCUCCCAACACUAUAUGCAUGUUCCACGCGAGAACAUACAUAAUUGAAAAAAUGGAGCUCCCUGCGCAAUCCAUGGAAGGCCGUUCUGGUCUUUUUGGACCAAUAAUUUUUCUGCCAUUCCAUUCCGAUCCGGUGCUUCCUCUACUUAUUGCUAUACAGAGUAUGGGCAUGGCCUUCUUAAUUUGCUACUUGGGCCACUUUUCAUUCAAGCCCAUUAAAAAGAAAUCCGUCAAUCAAUACAUCAUAAAUGGUCUAUAAACGAAUAUCAACUAUUAAGAUUAACCCAUGUUUAGAGUUUGCAAUUUACAAUCCAAACGAUCAAUCCAAUUCAAUUCAUCCUCUUAUAUAUUCAACUAAUUUAAUUAUUUGUUCAUUGUAUUAUGAUUAAAGAAUUUGAAUCGCCAAAUCAAAAUUACGGUUCAUAAUGAGGUAGGUGCAUAAAAAAUACUAUCUAAAUCUUGAAUUCAAUAAAUUUUGGAGCAUUGUAUUGUUCUCUAUACCCUAAUGAGUAAUAACUGUGUGCUACUUUUCUAAACCUAAAUUUUGGGUUAUAAACUCAAAUGGUAAUUUAUUUGUGUAAUUUGUGAAUUAUGAAUUUGAUUUAUGGCUGCGAUGUAUGUAGUAAUGAAUUUGGGUCAUCUAU